UCUAAACCCUUUAAUAUUCCCUACCAAAGUUAGGCUUAGAAACAAACGUAACUCACCUGAGAACUUUUCAAGGCCUAUGAUCUUGCUGUCAUUAUCAGGAUCUGAAAACUCGAGUUCUUGUCCCAGGAGAAAGUCGCUCUCAAAGAAGCAGAAAUCGUUGUCAGGCCACGGAUUCAGAUCACUGCAGUCUCCCGAAGGACAUUACAACCUCUCAAGCAGCAGGCGCCGCCGGUGUGCAGAGGAGGGAACCUCGAGGUUCAAGGGGAUCUCCUCGCCAACGUCAUGCGGCGAAUCUCGGACCACAGAGUCCAGAAAAACGCUCAAAGACACGCAAAUAGGCGACGUUUUACAGCAGUGGGAGGAGCCGCGAGAGCUUGCGCGUCCUCAGCCGCUCAGUGGGAGGAGCCAACCGAUGGUGCUGAGCUGAUAACGCACUGAGCGGAGGGAUGAGCAUUUGAUGAACAGAAAACAUUUCAUGUGAGAAGAAAACAAUGAUGACCUUCAGGGAACUCUUUUGUGGCCGAUUUUCGUACUUCCUCACAAUGUUCUCUUUGCCAAUGUUGAGUGUCAGACCAUAAACAACAAACAAAGACACACAAACAAAAGGGGCCCGAUCCUCUCAUGCUGUUUUAGCUGGGCUGUCCAGCUCUGUACAAUGAAGAGACCCAAGCAGCAGUCACAGUCCCUCAGUUUUCUCAGCUUCUUCAGCCGAAAAUCCAAAUCUGACCCCAGGAUUGAGAAGCCCAACGGGACUUUAAACAAGGAGGAAGUGGCCAUCACUCUCACGCCCAAUGAGCAUGAGCAUGUGGAACAAGACCGGGCUCACAGUGGUGUUGGAUUAGAGGGCGGUAGGAAUGGAGGAGAUCCUGGCAAAGGGGAAGGAGGUGGAGUGGGAGAUGAUGAGGGAUGUGCGGAGUGUGGGAGCAGUGGCUCAAUGGGUGUACUGUCCUUGUCCUCCUCCAGUCAGGAGCAGCUGCUGGAGCACCUGGUCGAGUGCCCGCUCUGUCUCCUGAGUCAACCACGAGGCCACUUCCCUCGCUUGUCCUCCUGCCAGCAUCGUGCAUGCACAGACUGUUUGCGCCAAUACCUACGCAUCGAGAUCUCAGAGAGCCGCAUGGGUAUCGCCUGCCCGCAGUGCCCUGAAGUUCUGGCUCUGCCCGAUGUCCGUGCCAUUCUGGAUGACGGUGCACUGCUGGAGCGCUUCGAAGAGUUCCAGCUGCGACGCUUUCUGGCUGCUGACCCGGACACGCGCUGGUGCCCGGCACCAGAUUGCAGCUAUGCAGUGAUAGCUUAUGGCUGUGCUGAGUGCCCCAAGCUAAGCUGUGGUCGGGAAGGCUGUGAAACUGAGUUUUGCUACCACUGCCGCCAGCUGUGGCACCCAGACCAGACUUGUGACCAAGCCAGACGUCAGCGUGCUCGCCACACGUCAGGAGCCAAUGAUGUCUCCACACUCUACGUGUUCAAUGAAGAGCCUGGUGAUGCAGAGGAGAUCAAGCCCUGUCCACGUUGUGGUGCCUACAUCAUGAAGACUAAUGAUGGCAGCUGCAACAGAAUGAACUGUACAGUGUGUGCUUGUCAGUUCUGUUGGCUGUGCAUGCAGGAGAUCACUGAUGUGCACUACCUCAGUCCCUCAGGCUGCACUUUCUGGGGAAAGAAGCCAUGGUCGCAGACCCGCAAGGUUUUGUGGCAGGUCGGCAUGCUGCUCGGGGCUCCGGUGGUGAUCUCACUCAUAGCAGGCAUUGCGUUACCAGUCAUCAUUGUGGGCAUCCCCAUUUAUAUGGGCCGCAAGGUUCAUGGUCGCUGUAAGAAAAACAAUAUCUCAGGAAGUAAGCAUUAUCUGACAGUGGCCAGCGGGGUCAUGAUGUCUGUUUUUGUGUCUCCAGUCAUCGCAGCCAUUACUGUGGGGGUGGGGGUGCCUCUUAUGUUGACGUAUGUCUACGGGGUCGUGCCCAUGUCGUUGUGCCGUAAUGGCUGGUGCAGGCCACAAACUGAACCUCCUGAAGUACGAAACAUACAGUUGGAAGAUCUGGCAAAUUAUCUUCUAUUUUCUCAUGUAGUCAGUGAUCACUGGACCGGCCAGACCAACCCAGCUCUAUCCAACGGAAGCAUACAGGAAGUGAGUGUGAAUGUGGAGGAAGUGAUGUCGCUUCCCAGCACCAGUGUGGUCCAGUCUGGAGCAAAGGGCUCAGUUGAAUCUUCUAAUGAUGGACAUGUUGACAGCACUGAGCAGGUUGUUCAGUCAGACGAUGUGGAUGUAAUUGAAGAGUGUGCCUUCAGCAGCACACAAACAUUUGCUCUGAGCAGGGAAGGGACUAAUAUUGAGGUCCGUGUGGAGAUCGAGGCCCAGCCACGGGACGGCCGGAAGCCGAGUCUCAGCAGUAUUCUGUCUAGCAAGAGCCUGUCGGUGGAAUUGCUCAACCAGCCCUGUGAACCUCUGUGUGCCUCUCAACAGACAGGGAGCACCGACCCCAUACCAUUUCCUGAGAUAGACAGCGCCUGAGCAAAUCCUGGGAAACCACUGCUUCCACGGCCCACCUACACUCCCACCGGGUGCUUCCAGCCUCUUGCUUGCAAAUGCAGAGAGUCAGCGACAUGGAAACCAACACACAGAGAGCGUGAAAGAAAAAAGGAGAGGGGGAGAUGAAGAUGAGAGUCCAGGGCAGCUGCCAAAAUGUCACGGAGGGGAUUAAAGACGAUCAUAUGAACUCAAAUGACCAAGCGCAUGUUUGUCAACAAGUUUGAGGAGUGCUAACCGAUUUUAUACUGUGUUCUAUAGAAGACAUUGCCUAUUUGGAUGCUGGUCUGUUUAAUUUAUUAAAUUAGCUUUUGUUUUAGCUAUACCCUUUUAUCUAAUGACCAUAUGGUUCGUAUCCCCUGA